AAUACGGGUAUUUUUUUCCGUUCGUGCACUCGUCAACGUCGUCGCGUAAUAACCGUCGUCUUCGGAUAAUUUUUGUCUGCUACGACGUUUUUUUUUUUUUUUUUUUUAUAGUUUUUUGAAAAUGUAUAAUAUUGUUAUCGCGGUGUAAUCGUCGUCUAUCGAUAUUGGCAAAUAUACGCGAGCGACAGCCACACAAUAUCGUCUCGGGGGGGUAGGUAAACGCGCGCCGGUCUGGGUCAAUUUUUUUUUUUCUUUAUUCGGCUCACCGUCGUGUCUAGUAUACGUAUUGCAUUCCGACUCGACCGCGACACGUACCCUAACGCGCGCCGUUGAUGCCGUCGCAGUCGUCUCCGGAUCCACACGAUUCGUUAUCGCGUUUAAUAAUAAAUAUUGUUGUUCGACGAUUUGCACUUCAACAACACGGACGGUACGGCGGACGUCGGUGAUAAACGCGAUGCACGACGAAACAAAAAUAUUACAUUACACGGCAGCGACGGGCGACCGACGAGAAUACCUAUUGUGAUGAUAAGUGGCGUCGACAUAACAUCGUAUUAUUAUUACUAUGACGAUUUUCUAACACGUCUCCCAAGUCUUCGUUAACUACCUACGUCACAUAUAAUUUUUUCACCACAAAACUGUGCCGCCGCCACUGCAGUCAUGUCGUCGCCAAUUGUGCACUCGACGAAUACGGAUACGCGUCGUCGUACACCUGCACCGUCUACCGCAAGAUGCACCGCAACGAUCGUCUACUAUAAAUAAUGGAUUCGUAUCGGUUCCGGCGACUUUCUUGAGUGUAACGUAUAUUAUAUGACGUAUAUAAGUGUACACACUCUCGCCGUUUAGAUUUCCGCAAUGACCCUUCGUCUCCUCACCGCCCCCGCAACGUGUAUGGUCAAUUUUAGUCGUCCGUUGCUGCUAUAAUGUCUCUCUUAUUCGUUCAUUUUUUUCGAUAGACUUUUCUCAAAACACUCUUCCCCUCUCCCCUUAUCAUCGGUCCUGUGCGAGAUUUCGUUCACGACUGCAGAUACGGUGGUACGCCUUAUUCUAUAUAACAAGAUAGCUGGUUCGAACUUCUCUUCAUAAAUCGGGUAAUCGUUUCGCCAGGUCGAUCGUAUUUUUUGUACGUUCUUAUCGUAUUUGGCGUUCUAUAAACGCUAAACGGGUGGUACGCGCGCGUAGUAAAAGUCGAACAUCCGCCGUCCUCCGAUCGAUAUGUGUCUAUGAUAUAAUAUAUAAUAUAUUUUAUCUAUGUCGUAAUGUAUAUAUCACGAGGCUGUGAUGUGUGACAGAUAGCAACAAUGGCGGUGGGCACGUACUACUGAAGCCCACCCCCACCACAACCUGGAGCCCUUAACCCAGGCAUCGCUGGUGCUCACCAUGGCGGUCGCCAUCAUCCUCCUUAAUAUCCUCAUAAUCGCUACGUUCACCAACAUAAGAGGUGGAGGAGAGGUGAUGAAUGUAUACUUGGUGUCACUGGCUCUGGCCGACCUGCUCUACGGUGUGCUCGUAGUGCCAUUUUCCGUGUAUCCAGCACUAGUGCAACAAUGGGUUUAUGGAAAAAUUGCUUGUAGAAUAAUCGGAUACAUCGAAGUCGCACUGUGGACCGUGUCUGCAUAUACACUCAUGUGGAUUAGUGUGGACAGGUAUAUAGCGGUACGCAAACCAGUUCGAUACUUUACGGUGCAGACGCGCACCAGGUGUCAGUGCUGGAUGGCGUUUACGUGGAUAUCGUCGGCGAUGCUGUGCAGCCCACCGCUGCUCGAGUUCGGUGAUCCGGUAUUCGACCAGGACACGGCGGUGUGCAUGCUCGACUGGCAGGGCAUGGCGGCAUAUUCGGUGACGCUGUCCAUACUGGUGUUGGGGCCUAGUCUGAUCACUAUUCUGUACACGUAUGUGUAUAUUUACGGUGCGAUCAGACGGCUGCGGCGUGGCUUUCUAGCACACGACAAGGAGUACGUAACAGCGUUGUCUGAAAACUUGUCCAAUCCUACACACGUCACGUCAUUCGUGUUGAUCGUAACGUUUUGGAUUUGUUGGACCCCAUUGAUGUCCAUCAAAGCAUACCAGCAACUGGGCGGUGUACCGGCGGUGCCUGGCCAUGUCCGUUUCGCCGCUUUGUGGCUGGGCAUUUCCAACUCGGUGUGGAAGGCGUUUGUGCUCAUAUUUCUUAGCCCGCAGUUCCGCGUCAUGCUCAGAUUGUUGUGUUUGACGGUAUUUUGCAAACGGAAAAGUCGCGCUGAACUUGAGCUACUACAACUCGACAUGGAAGAUCACUUCCUCUAAGUUAAGUAUUAUGUUGAUGUUUUUUUUUUUUUAAUAAUCAUUAUUGUUGAACUUUGUUUUUGUUAUUAAUCGAAUGUUCUUCCCGAGAACAAUCAUUCGUCCAUUUGUUUACGUUUUAUUCAGAUAAAAAAAAAAAAUUGUUUCAAACGAAAUCUAAUUUAUUAAAAUUGUCGUUGGUUGUAUACCCCCGAACUCAUGGAUUCAUCCAUGGACUAGGAGAAUUUUUAAUAAUUUUAGUGUGCCGAUAGAGCCAGUAUAAUCAUACAUGUCAUACUAAAUGGUGUUUUUCGGAACAUUGUAGAAAAAAUUAUUUUUUAUAGACUGUUUUUAAAUUAUUAACAAUUGUUUUGGAACAACUUGUAAAUUAGUAGAUCAGUAAAUCACGUAUGAAUAUAUAUUUUACGGGCAAAUAAAAUUGGUAUGUAUUAUAUACGUCAACAGAAAGAGUUGGGCAACAAUUUAAAGAAAAAUAACGUUUCCUUCUUAAAACUUCAACAAAAUACAAAUCAUAUUAAAUUACAGGGCUUCCAGUCAAUAAUCUAAUACAUAUAUAAGUUAUCAAAUUUAAUCAGUUAAAUGGAGAUUAAUCAUUUUCGAUAAUGAAUUAUUUGUUUUUAUCACAAAAUAAUAUUAAAUAGGUACUUUUAUUUUUACGCCCAACUCUGAAAUCAUGGUACGACUUUUUAUCGUGGUUUUAAUUACCACUCCAUAAAAAUAUGCCUACAAUUUUUAAAUCGCACUGAUUCGUUUUGUUGAGGUUUAAGAUGUAUGAAUAUAUAGGUGUAGUCUAAAUAAUAUGUAAACAAACGAAAUGCGUAUUUUAACAAUAAUCACUUUUGGAAUUAUAUUUUAAUACGAGUUGUUUGUUCCUAUUGUAGUGUUAUUAUUAUUAUUAUUAUUAUUAUUAUUAUUAUUAUUAUUAUCAUUAUAAUAAUUAUUAUUUUUACUAUAAUGACUUGAGCCUGCCACAUUUUUAAUAAAUCGUUCAAUUUAAUAUAUUAAUCGCACCGAAUGAAAAAUAAGCAAUCGAAAUAGUUAGAAUCAUUCUCUAAGUUUUAGUAAUAUGAUAAGUAUCAAUAUUCGAUUGGGAAAAUAUAAUUUUUGAAAAACACCAAUUAAUAAUCAUUUUAUGUCCAUCUAUCGUAAAUACAUGAUAAACCCAUACUUCUAUGUACUUAUAUUUAUGAUAGAAUUAAAUAUCAAUACAAUUUGUUUAGAACAAAGAGGUUCAGCAAUCAGAAUAAUAAUUUGUUUAGAUACCCAUUUUAAGAAUAUAAUAUAAAUAUGAAAAUUUUUGCUUAACUUGUUUUAAAAUAAAAUUUGUCCCAUGAAUAAAUUAUGAUUAACGAUGUUUAACGUACUGUUUUGUUUAAAUAAAAUAUAAAAUAAUAAAAAAAUUUUGUACCUAAUUUAAAUAAUUUCAAUGCACUUGUUAUGAAAAUAAAAAUAAAAAAUAUUAACAAAUUGUUAUAAAAUUUGUAUUCUACUGUUCUAUUUGAUUGGUGUUUUCAAUUAUCAAAAAUCAUUAUUUGUGUUUUAUACUAACCAGUCGGACCAGUGCAUAAAUUAAAUAGUAUUUAUAACAAUAAUAAAAUCACAGUAUACGACAGGGUUAGUUUACUUUAUCAAUAUUUUGGUCUAUCGUCUAUUUUUCAUCAUAAUAUCAUGUUAUUAAUUACUAAUUAUCUAGUAAUCAAUAAAAUAUUUUAAUAAUGUGUAGGAAAAAUUCAAGCUUCAUUAUAAUAAAAAUAAUAUGUACUUUGGAUAAUCAACAAGGCUCAAUGAAUAUGUUUGAUUGUAGUUAAUUUUAGUAAAAAAAUAUUAGUAUUAUAAAAGUUACCAGAGAACCCCUUAGGUUUUAGGCGCGCAGUUAUUGUGAUAAUAGCGUUAUGGUAAAAUUAAUAUUGUUGACUUUUUUAUUUAUUCGCUCUAAUCACCACUUCAGUCAUUUAGGCGCUUACAAAAAAUGAGAUUCGGUCGACAUGUUUUAAUUAUAAACAUUAGUUAUAUAUUGUGUAUAUUGCUGAAAAUAUACACUUCACGUGGCCGGAUCGACUGGCAUCAAAUAUUUUGCGACAGCCCUUUUUUAUCUGAUGUACGAUAUAAAAUGCACUUAAAUAGAGAAAUUAUUGUAUCGAUAUUAUUGUAUAAACAUUAUGAGGAAAACGCGUAGAUUUUACAUCAUAUAGAAAUGUUUUAUUGUUAUUAAAUUGACCUGCUCGUACAUAAUAUGUUGAAUUUGAAGGAGUCAGUAUCGAAAAACAAUAUUUUAAGCCUGUAAUUAGAUUUUUUUCUAAAAAUGUGCUUACAUUAUUACAAUCAUUAAUGGAGCAUUUCUAAGUCAAUAUUUUUUGUUUUGUUUUUAUUGUUAUUAUCAUUAUUAAUAUUAUGAAUAAUAUGUGUACAUAUAAUUUCAUUACAUUUUUAAAAUAAAAUGCUUUCGAUAAUUUUUUAGAUCGAAAUCGUUCAAAUAGAAUUUUUCAAUAAAAACGGCUUUACUUUGAUACUGACUCUUUCAACUAUACUAUUCGUUGUUGGUUAUUCAUUUUAUUUUUGAAUUGAUCAUUGGUCAGUCGUAAAGAUUGUUAUUAUAUCACUGCUGUACUAAUAUACCGAUAUGCAAUCAAUUUGUACGAUUAAAACCACAUAAAUUGUUAUUUAUUUAUAUAAAAGUUAUCCUUAUAAACAAUUAAUUAAAAGUAAUCGUAGAUCAAAAAUACAUUUUUAUCACUCCUGUAUUUUUAAGCACCAAUUUUGGUGAAUACCAAAGUUAAGCGAAGAAACUUUCUUAUAGUGAAAGUUGACUGAUAAACAUUAGGAAUACUACUAACUUUUUUAAAUCUAUUUUAAACAAAUACUUCAUUAACAUGAAUGUUGGACAAUUUUUCAAAAUACUACUGUUUUUUGACAAUAUUUUCUUCUAACUCCUAAAUGACAUCAUGUAGUAAAAUGUGUAAUUUUUGGUUAUAGUUUGCCAAUUAUUUAAUUUGAACUAAACCAAAUUACUGACAUGCUUUUAUUUAUUAUUAUUUAAUUUUUUAUUAUACAUAUAUAAUUGAUCAUAUUGUUAUUAUUAUAAGUGUAUGUUUAAGACUGAAUCAUUUAGUAGAUUUUUGAUUAGAUUCGUUUGUUUACAUUGUUAUUAUACAGCUAAUUAUUAUUAUUAUUUUAUAUUAUUAACAUUUGAUUAUUUUUAAUUGGCUUGAAAUAUUUUAAAGAAAAUGUUGAUAUAUGAGUUCUUUGGAAAUGAAAAUGUCCACGAGUUUAAAAGAUCGAGUUAUUUGUGACCUAAAACGCUUUGUUGUAUAUUAUAAUAAUAAUUAUUGUCUUUUAGGGUGUGUCGAUUGUUAAUCAGUUUUUACAGAACUAUGUGUGCAUAUAUUAUGUCGGGAUGAAAAUACCUAUUACACAUUUUUCUUUUUAUUUAUUUUAUAAAUAGUUACUCACUAUACACAUCAAAAAAGUUCACGAGCAGUUAUUGUUUAUUGUCAUUAUAAAUAAUAUAUUGUAAUGUGCUUUAAGAAAAAAAUGUAAUGUUUUGUUAGUACCUACAUCAUGUAUUAUUAUGUAUGUUAUUUCUAUUCUUUAUUCAUUAUUAGUAUGAUAAUAAUAUUUAAUGUGCCAUAAUUUUAUAUGUUAUUCAGUUGUUGGUAGUGAUUUUGAGAUAAAAUUAUAGUACAAACAAGGUUUUUUCAACUAUAUUAUAUAGAAAUCCGGUGUUUUUAA